AUUGGUUGUUUGGUUUUUGAAUUAGGAAUUAUUGUAUUUUCUUUUGUUCAGGAAAAUGGCUCCAAAGCAGCCAAGUACAGGUCUUUUUGUUGGAUUGAACAAAGGUCAUGUUGUUACCAAGAAGGAGUUGGCUCCACGACCCUCAGAUCGUAAAGGGAAAACAAGCAAGAGAGUACACUUUGUAAGGAACCUCAUCCGUGAGGUUGCUGGCUUUGCACCUUACGAAAAGCGUAUAACUGAGUUGCUGAAGGUCGGAAAGGAUAAGAGGGCACUGAAAGUUGCCAAGAGAAAACUUGGAACUCAUAAACGCGCAAAGAAGAAGCGUGAGGAAAUGUCUAACGUUCUCCGAAAGAUGAGGGCUGGUGGAGCAGGAGACAAGAAGAAAUAAGUAUUGUUUUGAUGGACGUGCUAUAUUAACUUUUCUGUGGUUAAAUUUUGUUCAAGUGUUUAUGGUUAGAAAUGUACUACAUUUAACUGAGACAUAACUGAGACAUAGUUAAAAUCAAAAUUUCAAGAAAACUUAUUAUAUUGCACGUGUGUUUCUGUAUUAUUACUUGAUAUCAACAGAUUAAGAUGAUCAAGUUAUCAUAAAAAUAUCUUGUGUAUGAAUGACAAACUUUGAUGAUUGAUA